CCAUCGCUCCUUCUCUCCCCCCCCCCCCACACAUGAGUGUAGCAGCAAGCUCCCCGCCUGCUAUUCUUCAUGGAUACUCAAGAUCUUUCACCUUCUCACGUGGACGCCUCUCGUCCCUCUCUCGGCUUCCCUCUCGGCACAGCCCUCCUUCUUAUCAUCAUCUUCAGCCUCAGCGGCAUCUUCUCCUGCUGCUAUCACUGGGAUAAGCUCCGAUCCCUUCGUCAGUCCUUGUCUCACUCCGAUCCCCACCCCUCUCCCGCCAAACCCAAUCUCCUCUCCCCCGAUUGGAGGCGAAACAGGGGAGACAGCUUGCCGGUGUUGAUGCCUGGGGAUGAGGUGCCCAAGUUCAUCGCGAUGCCUUGUCCGUGCGCGCCGUCGCGGCCGGAGAACGUUAUGGUGAGCGUGGAGGAGCCGCCGCCCAAGCCGCCGCAUCUGUCGGUGCCGUAUUAUUGAAGUGUGAUUAAUUCAUGGAUAACUAAUUGCCACGUGGAAUGGGUUAAGUACUGUGUAGAGGACCCUGUUCCGUUCUGUUAGUUGUACAACUCGCCGUCGUUUCUUAGCCUCGUCGUGUUCCACAAAUGAUAGGUAGCAGGUCAAUUUGUAGUUUAUGACCAAUUUUUCAUUUGAUUCAAUGUUUCUGCUCUGUAUCACCAUGUAACUACAUAUAAUCGCUGCACUCCAAUUUUUCUCCCUCAAGAAAAAAAUCCAAUUGGCUUUGCCCUUUAUUCUCAGCGGAACAAUACGUUUAAACUCCAGUGGUUAUCUGCUGGACUUCUUAUUUUUUUCCUCUCUUUUUCAAAUUUGCCCAAAAAGAAUAACGAAGAGUAAAGGAUCCAAGUUCUAAUUAA